UCAUGCAACCGGGAGGAGUAUUUCUUGAAUAUACAUACAUACAUACAUACAUAUCUCUCUCUCUCUCUCUCUCUCUCGGAAAAGGUUCUCCCUCCGUUCCUGGCGACAGAAGGUCGAGGUUGGCGCCGCCGUUCUUGCCUCACCAUCUGCGGCUUCUUCUCCGUCUUGCAUCUCAGCAACUCUUUUUAAAUUAUCAGACUCCAUCAAGUACUGCGCCAAGAGGGGCUAGAUUGAUCCGCAGAGUCAUUCUUCCUCUAACCAUGAGGAAAAAGAAAAAUUUCUUUAGAAAGCCUGUUGCCGUCAAGAAUCAGAGACAGCAACAGCAGCCGUCUGUGGAUCCUAUCACGGGAAAGAAGAUCCCGAAGAGUUUCGUGUUUUCAAGAGGGAAGUUGCCUGGUCCUCUCAGGCAACUUCAGAUGGACCUGAGAAAGUUGAUGCUGCCUUAUACUGCUCUCAACCUCAAGGAAAAGAAACGAAAUAAUCUGAAAGACUUUCUAAAUGUUGCUGGACCUAUGGGUGUUACACAUUUCCUGAUAUUGUCAAAAACUGCAACUGCAUCUUAUUUGAGGGUUGCAACAACCCCGCAAGGACCUACUCUUACUUUUAAAAUAAAUGAAUACUCAUUGGCAGCUGACAUUGCUCAGUCUCAGUUGCGUCCUCGAUACCCAAAAGAUCUUUUCAAAAAUUCAGCUCUGAUUGUGCUUUCUGGUUUUGUGAGUGGAGACCUUCCUCUACAGCUUACAACUAACAUGUUUCAGAACAUAUUCCCAACAAUUGACGUUAAAACUGUUAAACUCUCCUCUUGCCAGAGAAUUGUGUUGCUUAAUUACAACAAGGAGAGGAAGCUCAUUGACUUUCGGCAUUAUUCCAUAAGAUUGCAACCUGUAGGUGUUUCACGCAGAAUAAGAAAAUUUGUGCAAAAUCAUCAAGUCCCGGAUUUAAGGAAUCUUCAUGAUGUGAGUGAUUUUAUCACAAAGGCUGGCUAUGGAUCAGAGAGUGAGGCAGAUGAUGAAGCAGCAACAGUGACCUUGGCAAGUGAUCUUGGUCGAGUUAAUCGUGCUUCUACAAAAAGUGCUGUGAAGCUUCAAGAGGUUGGGCCCAGGAUGACACUCAAACUAAUCAAGGUUGAGAAAGGGCUGUGUUCGGGUGAAGUGCUCUUCAGUGAAUAUGGGAACGAUGCUGACAAAGAUAAAAAUGAUGACGAGACGCAGGAGAAUGAAGAUAGUGAAGGUGAAGAUGAAGAUGGGAAUGGAGAAGAUUCAGAGGACAUUGAAGAUGAGGAGGAUUGAUUGAACGAUUUUUUUUAAAAAAAUUUAAAAGCUGUCGGGUGUCAUAACUAUACAGAAGUUGCCACCAGAAUUUUUUCAUCCACCAUUCUGGUGGCUGUAGCUCACAUUCUGUUUCUUCAUUUUUUUUUCCCUUAAUGGCUUUAGUACGUAUCUCUUCGUUUAUGACAAACAUUAGUUCCUUAAGAUCUAUGAAGAUCACAAGAAUACCAGGCAAAAAUGGUCAUUUUGAGAA